AUGAGUUUAACAAAAGACACCGAUGGUAGUCUGGAGCUGGGGCUGUACACCCGAAACCCGGGGUACCAGGAUGAAGAAGGCGGCGGGUCAGCGGCGGACACCAUCCACGCAGACCCCGGGGAGAAGCACGAGUCGGACGCGGCGGAGUACACGCAGAUAAAACCGUACGCCGGGAUGCCGAAGGAGGUGUUGCUGCUGUACUCCUCCCAGGCCCGGUACCGCGUGCCCCGGGAGAUCCUGUUCUGGCUGACGGUGGCGUGCACCCUGGCGCUGGUCACGCUCACCGUCACGGUGAUCGUGAUGUCGCCGCGGUGCCUCAGCUGGUGGCAGGCCUCCCCGGUGUACCAGGUUUACACUCGCUCCUUCAGGGACUCCGACGGAGAUGGGGUCGGAGACCUCAAAGGAAUUCAGGAGCAGCUGGAUCACUUCGAGUACCUGAACAUCAAGUCAGUGUGGAUCAGUCCUUUCUACCGCUCUCCCAUGAGGGACUUCGGCUAUGAUGUGGCAGAUUUCCGCUCCAUCGACCCGCUCUUUGGAACCAUGCAGGACUUUGAAGAUCUCCUGGGUGAAAUGCAAAAGAAAGGUUUGAAGCUGAUCAUGGAUUUCAUUCCCAAUCACACCAGCGACCAACACCGCUGGUUCAACUUGAGCCGGACUAGAGAGCCUCACUACAAGGAUUACUACGUCUGGACUGACUGCAAUGCAACCGCACCAAGGCCCAAUAAUUGGGUGAGUGUGUUUGGGAACUCGUCAUGGACUUAUGAUGACGUGAGAGGCCAAUGCUACCUGCACCAGUUCCUCAAGGAGCAACCAGACCUGAACUUCAGAAACCUGCAUGUCCGCAAAGAGAUCACUGAUAUUAUUCAUUUCUGGUUGGAGAAGGGUGUGGACGGGUUCCGGAUGGAUGCAGUGAAGCACCUCCUGGAGGCCGCUCACUUGAGGGAUGAACCACAAGUGGACCCAAAUAAGGCGCCCGAGUCUGUAACCUCAGAGUGGGAUCUCCACCAUGACUACACCACCAGUCAGCUGGGCCUGCAUGACCUGCUGAGGGACUGGAGGGCUGAGAUGGACAUCUACAGCCGUGAGCCUGGCAGAUACAGGUUCAUGGUGACUGAGUCGUAUGAUUACCACGAGGUGGACAAGACCAUGAUGUACUAUGGCACCCCGCUGGUUAAAGAAAGUGACUUCCCCUUCAACUUUUACCUGCUGGACCUGCCUCAGAACACGAGCGGCUUGUGGGUUCAACAUCUGGUCCACUUGUGGAUGGCCAACAUACCUAAGGGACAAUGGCCCAACUGGGUGGUGAGUCAGGAGUCACUUUAUCUUCAUCCACCUCCCCCUACCUUUUCCUUUUCCAACUUACCCAACUCCCCCCUCCACCUUCUGUUCUAUUUCUCCAACCUCCACUGUUAUCAGGUUGGGAACCAUGACAAGCCUCGAAUAGCCUCCAGUGCUGGUCAGACCUACAUCCGUGUCAUCAACAUGCUGCUGCUGACCCUCCCAGGCACGCCCACCACCUACUACGGCGAGGAGAUCGGCAUGGAGAACAUUAAUGUCACAGACAGUCAGAUACAGGACCCCGCCGGCAAAUACAAUGCAAGUGCCAGUCGGGACCCUCAGCGCUCUCCAAUGCAGUGGAGUGGUGACAUGAAUGCAGGCUUUAACAACAAAACCAACAUCACCUGGUUGCCUGUACACCCCGACUACAGCAGCGUCAAUGUGGAGGUCCAGAAGAAAGACGAAGGGUCUGUUCUGGCUCAGUACCGUUUCCUAAACAAACUGCGUCAGUCAGAGCUCCCCCUGCACCGCGGCUGGUUCUGCUACGUCCACGCUGAUGCCAGUGUCUUCUCUUACCUCAGAGAGCUGGACGGUCUUGACCGAGCUUUCCUCAUGGUGCUUAACUUUGGUAAAGAAUCUGCCAUCACAGAUCUCUCCUCCAUUCGUGAGUUACCAGAGCAGUUGAAGGUGCUGAUGAGCACAAACCAAGUCAGCGAAGGCAAGGUGUUACAAAAGUCUCGUAUCCUGACGGAGGCAGGGGAGGGUUUGAUGAUUCAGUACUCCACCCUCAUUCACUUUAACCCCAACCACCCUGAACAGUGCUACGUCUCUGAGAAGACCUGCUAUUUGAGUGCCAUGGACAUACUUUAUAAAUGCUAAAUGGCAUUUAAUUAUUACAAUUCAAAGCAUCAAUGCAA